AGGGAGAGGGAGAGGGCGAGAGAGCGAGCGAGAGAGAGAGAGAGAGAGAGAGAGAGAGAGAGAGAGAGAGACGAGCAUUCAGGCUGAUCAUGCGCGCUAUAGCUACGAUAUGGCCGCCUGCAUAGCUAACAGACCGCCUCAAUUAACGAGAGGCUGUGGCAGAGCCGUGGCGACGAACAGCGCCAUCAUUGUAGACAACACAUGGAAGGACACUCGCAGAAAUAAUUUUGCGCUACAGACGCAACCGUGGAUGAUAUCGAGGCACGCGAGAGGACCGUUUGCAAUAAGAAGAACAUAACAUCAUGCACAGCACAGUUCCAGGGUCUGCAUCGAGUCGGCCACCUCACUGAAGCGCACGUAAAGGCUGUCGGGAGAAUGCAGUCAUGUCCCGCGAAGGCAGCUCCUCGGAGGACAAGUCACCUCUGAGAUCUUUCCAGUCGUGGGACGACACCGACGUGAAGCGACUCGAACUGGAAUUCAACCUAUCGCUCGCCGAAGCCGUCGAGUUUCUCUUCAAUAAGUCCAGGAUUGCCGAGGAACAAGCAGCAUCGGCCGUGCAGACUAGCCGGCGUGUGGACGAAUCUGUUGACUGGUAUCUUAAUGCUCGAGACGUGAAAAUACACCAAAACACACCCACUAACUCGCCGAUAAACAGCCACAUGGGCGCUGGGACUCCGUACUCUGACAGAUGCAGUGCCAAAACGCCAUCGGAAGAAGCAGGUGGCGUGUUCGACGACUAUGCUGACGGUGAACAAACGACGCAGAAGCCAAUAGAGAUUCUCGAGCUUAAUGAAGAUGCUGCGAAGAGCGCAAGCUUGGCCAGUGAUUUCGUAGCGCAGAGGGUUAAUUCGGAGAGAGACAGCAUUCGAGAAGCGAAGCUCGUCGAACGUGGACAACUGCUCGAUGGAAUGGACACAGAGAAGCGAGGCAAUCUUGCAGCGUACGCAGUACUGCACCCAGAUAUGGAAAGCAAGACAUGCUCUUUGAGAAAAGAGGACAGUGACCUCACUGUCGUCGGGGCAACCCAAGAGACCAUUUCACCUACUUAUGAAGAGAGGACGGCGCAGGCACACAGCAUUUCGAAAGUCGAAUGGUUAAAGGAAAAACGCGCGUUUCUUGACGAACUAAACAUCGUAAAAGAGGAAAGGAACAAAAUUAGUGCGGCGCUGAAGCAGAUGAAAGAUAAGCACAUCAAAGAGAACGCCGAAGCACUAAAAAACAUGGCAUUGACGACGGAUCUGCUCAUUAUAGAACAGAAGAAAUCAGAAGAGGCCAUACAGCCAUUGAAAGCUGCACUGGUCGAGAAGUGCAACAUGGUGGAGGAGUUAAAGAAAGAAGCGUCUGAACUGAGAGUAAAAAUCAAAUCGAACCAAGAACGAAAAGAGUCGAAUGAAGAGCUUAGAAGGCAAAUACGUCACUUGGAAAUGACACAGGAGAGGGAAAUAUCAUCCAUGAGAGAUAGACUACAGCAGGAGAAAGCAAAGGACAUGGAAGCCAUGCGAAAACUUCUUCUUAAGGAUCAUGUUGAACAGAUCCGGACUGUGCAGGCCAAGGCCCGAAGCCAGCAGUACGAGCUACAACUGCAGGAGAGGGAAGCUGAGCUGGCGAGGUUGAAGGAGGUCAUGCAGAAAUGGAAGUCCGACGCCCUGACGAAGAUGGAGGAAGAGAUGGCGAGGUAA